UAUGCGCCUUAUCCACCUUACAAGGGUUCGGAAGCAACACUUCAUCCGAACAAUUUUGCACGUCAACUCAGAGAUGAAGGAUUGACACAGACACAGCGUGAAGCGAACAGGCAUCAAAAUCCCCUUACCGACACCAACCCACAAACCUUGCAAAAAAUCUCCAAAAUCAGCCAACAGACAGCUCGCACAGCGCCAUCUGUCAAGGAAAUUGACUAUCUUACCGAGAAAAUGAUGCAUGGCCUCCACACCGGACAAUAA